CUUAAUUAUAAUGUAGUUAAAAAAAAUUAUCAUUUGCCUAAAAAUUUAUUAAAAAUAUAGUUUUCAUAAGGAAAGAAAUUAAACUCCUCUUUAUUUAUAGAAAAUCUCAGUUAUUGAAGAUUCACAAAUUGUAUUAUCUCCUCAUCCAAUCCCCAGUUCCAGUGAGGUGCUUACUUUGCAUGAUGAGCAAAUCUCCAAUAUUGAAGAUUCACAAAUUGUAUUAUCUUCUCAUCCAAUCCCCAGUUUUAGUGAGGCGCUUACUUUGCAUGAUAAGUUAAAUUACUAAAAUUACUCUGGAUGAUGACAAAGUUAAAAACCGGCCCCACGAAUUCUGCCGAUCCCUCACCUUAUCCCACGGUAGAACCGCUCGCGGUCGUGGCCCCAAACACAACACUGGCGCCCAACGUGCUUUCGAUAUUCUACUACCCGGAAGAGCCAACGGACCAUUACCUCGAACGUUUUAUGCUUAUCCACCGACAUCUGUGGUCACAGCUUAUAUACAAAAUUAAAGUUAGCUUUUGCACCAAGACCUAUGAUUGACUUUCAAUGGAGGACGUAAAAACGAUUCUGGGGAACAAUAAUAACAAUAAAGGACUAUCGAUCAACAAGCUUCGUCAACGCAUCCAGCAAGAUAGCGAAACGAUUACUGAAUAUGCAGAAGCUUUGAUAGCUUUGGCCUCGCAAUGCGAUCUAGGCCCCAGCUGGGACCUCUUCUUGUCCUCCCAAUUCGGAGCAGGGAUACAAUCCACCGGAAUACAUGGUCAGGUGAUCACAUCCGAUAAUGAAACUUUUAAAGGAAAAUUAAAAAUUGCUCAAACCUGGGAAAUGGCCGAAGCUCUUAACCAAAAUAAUCCAACGAACAACGCCUUCAGCAACCAAAGAAACGUACCCAUAAAGUAUACUCAUAUACAAAACACCCUGCAAACAUAUGAUAAUUACUACCAACCCCCACGUCGAAAUUUCCCACGUAAUGAUAACCUUACCUGUUACAAAUGCGGGAACAUGGGACAUUACAGGUCAAAUUGCCCCAUGAGACAAACAAUCUCAAGAUCAUUUGCUAUCAAAUAAGCUUGAUAUAAUCAUGGAAAAUCGUAAUAUAGUUCAUAAUAUUAUCGAUGCCAUUAUGUACCUUAUAAAAUGUAAUAUAGCCUUUUGGGGUUCUAAUUCCAAUGAAGGUAAUUUUAUGUGUCUCAUAAAAUUAAUGGCAAAAACGGUUCCAACUUUACGUGCAUACAUGGAUAACAACGAAAAAUUGCGGAGAAAAAAAUCAAAUAAAAUUUCGAGACCUUAUAUAAAUUUACUGUCAUAUGGCCACGUGAAAAAAAUAACUGAAAUUAUUAAGAUAAAAAUAACAAAGCAUUAUUCAAACAAUUAAAGAGAAAAUAUAAAGAAACAUGUUUUUUCUAAGUUUAAUGAUCUUGGUCUUCCUCUUGAUUAUUUGGUUGGACAAAGUAUGGAUGGUGCAGGGAAUAUGAGAGGAGUAUACAAAGGAAUGCAGGCUUUAAUAUUGAAAGAGGCUCCAAAAGCCAUCUAUAUUUGGUGCCAUGCACAUCGACUAAAUUUAGUAGUUGCUCAUGUUUGUGGAUGCAAAAUUGAAAUGAAAAAGGCAAUGGGAAUAUUAGAUGAGUUAUAUCAUUUUAUGAAUGGAGUUAGACGUCAAGGUGUGUUUGUUAAAAAUCAAAAGAGAAAGUCCAAAAAAUCUCUUAAAAGAAUUAAAAACACAACAAGAAAUUGGUCAUCAUCCUACAAAUCUGUAGAAAUCUUUUUAGAUGUUUAUGAACAUAUUUUAGCAUCAUUAGUUGAAUUAAAAGAUUCUAAUGACCCAAGCACCUCUUCCAUUGCCGAUGGAUUAUUAUCAAGAAUUAAAGAUGAAAAUUUUAUAUUAAGUCUAUUUAUUUUGAAAGAAAUAUUGAAAUGUACACAUGAGGCUUGUAUUGAAAUGCAGGCAGUUGGUAAUGAUUUGGCUUUGGUAACCAAAUUAAUACAACAUACAAAAAAUAAAUUACAAAAACUAAAAGCUAAUGGAGACAAUAUAUUUUUAAAUGUGCAUUCCUUAUCUAAUAGUUUUUUGAAAAAGAAUAAUGUAAUAACUGAUUUGUAUAAUAUGAAAUCAAUAUUCAAAUUGGAUCAAACAGAAUUCAAUAAUUAUGUUGAACAAAAAAAACAAAUAUAGAACGGAAAUAUUUUUCCCUGUGCUAAAUGCAAUAAUUAAUCACCUAAAUGAUCGAUUUAAUUAUGAUUGUUUAAAUUUUUUAUCACAGAUAUCCAUUUUUACUCCCGCUGGAAUUAUGGAUAAUGAAAAAAUAGAAGAAUGGCAAAUAUCCGAAAUUUGUAAUACUUAUCAAUUGGAUGUCCAAAACAUUGUUGAAGAUAUAAUGAUUUUCGCUCUUUAUAUUUGGAGUCUCAAUCAAUCAUGUUUUGCGAAGAUUUUUUAAAAGUUAAAAAGAAUGACACGUUAUAUAUUGAUGAAAGUAUUGCAAACGAUCAAAUUACCAAAGAAAAUAUCAACAGCGAAAUCAUGACCAAUAAAAAAAUGGAUAAAAUUUUCUUUUAUAUUACCAUACCGACUUUAAAUCAAUUAAAUUCUUAUUCUAAUUUAAAUUUAUUAUAUAAAUAUUUAUUAACCCUUCCUACAACUUCCUGUUCAGCCGAAAGAGCCAUGAGUAAAGUAAAAAUUAACAAAACUCGAAUGCGGAAUAAAAUUUCGGACCCAUUUUUGGAAAAUUUACUGUUAAUAUCCAGCGAAAUUGAUGUUUUUGAAAAAUUUACAAUUGAUGAUAUUAUAACACAAUUUGCAUUAACAUCUAUAAGGUUAUCCAAAUUAUUAAUAAAAUAAUUAAUGUAUCUUUUUCACAGCGAAUAUAUAGGCUUUUAAAUAAUGUAUAUUUAAUUUAACAUUUUAUAAUUUCAAUGCAAAAUAUACUAUAAUUCAUUUUAUUCUGAUA